GGAUGCCGCUUGCCUGCCGCUGGCCGCCAAUUCGGUCGCUGCGGCCUCUUGAUAUCACGCACAGCAACGGCCCUCUCUCUGCCUCGCGCUGCAGCUAGCUGGCCUUCAUUGUCGCGCCCACCUCCCUCUCCCCUCUUCUCUCCUCCAGCGCGCCACGCACGCUCGCGGAGCAAAGCAAGGGAUGGCGCCGACGUACCGGCCUUACGCGGCGGAGUACGGGGCGGUGGAGCGGAAGGUGCCGGGGGCGCGGUGGGUGGCGUCGGCGGCGGCGGCGUCGUCGGUGGCGUGGUUCGCGGGGGACCAGGCGGAGAUGAAGCGGCGGGGGCGGGUGGCCAGCUACAAGGCCUACGCCGUGGAGGGCAAGGUGAAGGCGUCCCUCCGCCGGGGCCUCCGCUGGAUCAAGGCCAAGUGCUCCCACAUCGUCCACCGCUAGUCCGCUCCGCCCGCCGUCUUCUUCUUCCUUGGUGGCUCAUCAGGCGGACGACCGAUCGAUGGUGGCGAGAACGGAUGCGCGAGGGAUGCAGCCGAGGGACGGACUCAUCGAGCGUUCCUUGCGAGUAGAUUAGUCACUAGUGUAAGAUCAUCAUGCAUGGGUCCUUUCUUCUUCUUUUUCUAGUUUUCCUGUUGUCGAGAGAGAGAGAGAGGAGGGGGGAGAAUGUUUGUUUCCGGGGUUGCAAGCAACGUUGGCCAUCAAUCAUCACACGCGAUUCCUUUCUUUCUGCUUCA